ACAAAUUCACAUUCAGCAACAAUGUUCCGUGAACGCAUCUCAAAUGGAAGCCACUGUUACUAUAGAAACGAAGCAUAACCUGCGCUAGCUAACCUGUGGUAAAAGCGACAGUUAAGCGUAUCGGGUCUUAUAGGCUUACUUAGCUUCUUUAAAUGGAGGACCGGUAUGCUUUUCUCACCGAGUGGUGUGAUCCCACAGCAGCCCUGGUGCGGCGCUACCAACUGUUAUACUACCCCAAAGAUGGCUCUGUAGAGAUGUUUGAUGUAAAAAACCAACGGAUAUUUUUAAAAAGGACCAAAUAUGACGACAUCCAUCAAGAGGACUUGUUUGUGGGGAAUCGAGUGAAUGUUUUCUCAAGGCAGCUAAAUCUGAUAGAUUACGGAGAUCAGUACACAGCAAACAAACUGGGCAGCAAAAAAGAAAGGACUCUUGCACUGAUAAAGCCAGAUGUGGUUAAAAAGAUAGGCGAUAUCUUUGAGCUGAUUUACUCCUCCAACCUGAUAGUGACCAAAGCCAAAAUGACCAAGCUUACAUGGAGCCAAGCGGCAGACUUUUAUGCGGAACAUCAGUCAAAGCCUUUCUUCAACCAACUGGUGCAGUUUGUGUCCUCUGAGCCCGUGGUCACCAUGGAGCUGAUGGGUGACGAGGCCGUGUCUACCUGGAAGAAGCUCCUGGGACCCACAGAUCCCGCCGUGGCACGAAAGGAAGCCCAGCAGAGCGUCCGCGCCCAGUUCGGAACGGACGCCGUCAGAAACGUCUGCCACGGCUCUGAGUCACUCGCCGCUGCAGCAAGAGAGCUUGAAUUCUUUUUCCCUUCCGCCAUCGGCCACGGUCCGUCUAAUACAGCCAUCUUCACAGACUGCACGUGUUGCAUCAUCAAGCCUCAUGCCAUAUCAGAAGGUCUAACUGGGAAGAUCCUAAACUCCAUAUCUGCAGCUGGUUUUGAAAUCUCUGCUCUUGAAAUGUUUAAUCUGGACCGGCCAAAUGCUGAGGAAUUCUACGAGGUUUACAAAGGCGUCGUCAAAGAAUAUCCUAGUAUGGUGACUGAGCUGUGCUCUGGACCCUGCAUGGCCUUAGAGAUCCAUGGCACAGAUGUACAGAAGUCUUUCAGGGAGUUUUGUUGGCCUCCUGAUCCUGAAAUCGCACGCCUUCUCCGUCCCAACACGCUGCGCGCCCUUUAUGGCAAGGACAUCGUGAGAAACGCGGUGCACUGCACAGACCUUCCAGAGGACGGUGUUCUGGAGGUGGAGUAUUUCUUCCAGAUUUUGGACGGAUGAGAAAAAAACAAAGGACGAGUCACACUUCACCACACACUGCAAGAUUUCAAUGUUGUCUCAAUUUUCUGUUUAUUGUUUCAGCCUUAUGCAGAUUAAAUAAAGUGACAAGA